CUGGUCUCCUUCGCCCGAGCCCUUGGGAAUUCCAUGUUAUGUCUUGUUUACCAGCCUAUACUAAUAGUGUGGCUGAUAUAAACACUGGAGCCCUUCUCUGAAAUAUGUGAUGGCGGAGGCAAAUGAAUCAGCAGGGUUACCCAUCCUGAUUAUUGGAGCUGGCUGCAGCGGUCUGGCUCUCGCACACGGUCUUCACCUGAAACGUAUUCCGUACAAGCUCUUUGAGAAAGACACAAGUCUCGCACCACGGAAUGGGCGCGACUGGGGCAUUUCCUUCCAUUGGUCCCGUGAUAUGCUCGCAUCGUUGAUUGGUGACGCGAAAUGGAGCCGUAUAAACGAGGCCCUCGUCGAUCCGUAUAUAUCGGCAGAAGAGGCCAUUAAGGUGCCCCUGAUUAACGGGAGCACGGGCGAAGUUAUUAAUGUGAUGUCUACGCCCGACAUGCGUCGCGUCUUGCGUUCGCGCCUGCGCUCCCUGAUCGCCGACGACGUUCUCGACGUGCAGUUUGGCAAGGCGCUGGAGCACAUCUCGUAUGCAGACGACGGCCGGAGCGUAACAGCAUACUUUGCGGACGGGGCAGCUGAGACGGGGUGUCUAGUUAUUGGCGCGGACGGUAGCCAGAGCCAGGUCCGCAGCCUCUUACUCGGGUCUGAACGGGCUAGCCUUACGCGACUACCACUCGCGGCAACCUUCGUCACAGCGUCGUUCUCGCGGGAGCGAGCGUUAUGGCUGCGUAGCCAACAUGCGUACCUAAAUGCGCUUUACCACCCAAACAACGAAAUGGGGAUGUUCGCUUUGCUGGACGGGAAGAACAGGGACGCGCCCGAGUCGUGGCGUUUCAGCUUCUAUGUGUCGUGGCGAUCCCCCUUGGAGGAGCAAACCGAAGAGGUGGCGUCUGGUAUGAGCGUACACGAGAGGCUCCUCCAGUUCAAAGGGAAGAGCAAAGAUUUCGCCGAUCCCAUACGUAGCUGCCGGGAAUGGAUCUCAGAUGACCUAGAAGAGGUUUAUUGGGGCGGCUGCGCGAACUGGGACCCCAGCUUACCAGAGCACACGUGGGAUAAUCAUGGCGGCCUUGUCACGCUGAUUGGCGAUGCGGCACACCCAAUGACCUAUCACCGCGGACAAGGGCUGAACCACAGCGUCGCCGACGCCUUUAAACUCUUCGAGAAGCUGGCAAACGUGGGGAUUCGAUCGCAGAAAGAGCUGAUCGACGCAUAUGAGAGUGAGAUGCGUGCCCGGGGCGGAGAGGAGGUUCGACUCAGCGAGAUGAACUCGUUCAUGGUGCAUGACUGGGAUCAGGUGGGACAGAGCCCGAUCGUGAAGAGAGGAAUGGGUUAUGGUAGCGGCAACGAGAGCAAGGCGUAAUCUCGAGAAUAGCGGUUACGAUAUGAGCGACUCUCCCAAAACCUUGACCAAAGCCGCGCGUGCUAUGCAUCAAAAUAAAACGACAAUUCUCGAUUUCCGGGGUGACAGAGGCCAAAUAGGGAGCGUACCUAUGAAAAGAGGUUCACUUUCCGGUUCCCUGGUCCCCUAAACGCCAGCCCCAGCAACCGAGCCUCCCAUAUUAGUAAGAAAUAGUUUCCUCGGUAUCACCAAUCCCAUGGCCCUUAUGUUCCUAUUCUCCCUGGGCCUACGAUGAAGUUGGCGUGGUGCCAGCUCUGCUUUUCCUACGCCUCGGCUUUGAUGGCAUUCCGGUGGGGGUCUUCGGCGUCUUAUCACCCUUUGCGUCUUUCUUGUCAAGCCCAGGGCCUGUGGG